AUGAUGAAUCAGUAUCUGUCUCCAUCAAAUAACAAUAAUGCACAACAACAAGGCCAGAAUGCAUUCUCAAGCAAACAUAUAGAACCAUUUGGAAGACAACCACAAUCUGUAAACAUACCUAACUCUCCUUCCAAACUGUCGCCAUCUACUGCAUUCCUCGGUGCCGUUACGGACGACCACACCUGGAAGACUAUAGGUUCUCCAACUCAUAGAACUAGCAUAACUUCUCUACCAAGUACACCUAUAUCACAUCAGCCCACAAGUCACAUAUCAAUGACUCUAGAUGCUUCGCCGUAUUCCCUAUCCUCGAUACCCAUGGGCCCAUCCGAAGUAGAAGACAUUGCCUUUGGAAACAACAAUCCCAAUGGCACAACAUCACUCGAGCGAAACGCCCGUAACAGAGCUACCAGUAAUCCAACGCCUGGCUACUCUAAAGACGGCCUGAUGCUGACUCCUGUACCUCCAGGCAUGCAUAUACUACAGCACGAUGACAAUAACGGAAGUAGGACGGCAACUACAAACUCGUCUGCCUGGCAAUCAUCCAUGUCGGCACAUACUCCAUGGAAGGGUAACUCACCAUCGCCAUCGUCAAUAUGGGAUAAAGCUGGUGGUAUGGUCACUGCUAGUCCAAACAACCAGAAUGGUAGAGACGCGAUUACUCCAGACGAAGAGGGCUAUUCAAAGCGCGUAUCCUUCUCUGGAGGGUAUGAUGGCUCAUCACCAUCAGACGAUGAUCAUGAUGAUCUAAACAUGAUCACCUUCAAGAACGUAAUUACCCAUCAACCGCUUCGAGACGACACCUCCAAUGAUUUACGUAAUGCAGGUGGACUCGCAUAUUCAAAAUCAUCGUCGCUACCAACAGCAAUAUCGUCAUCAUCACGAGUCAGGUCAAAAUCAUUCAAUUCGGCUUCAUAUGGAUACGUAAAUGAAGAUUUGUUAUAUGGUGAAUCCUUAAUAAGGCCGAAUGGUAAUAAUGGGGUUGGACAGUCUGGGUCUGUGUCUUCUGCUGAAUUCCCUGAAUUAUUAUGGGGCGACGAUCGUGCACCUGGUAUGCAUCGUCGGGCGUCGACCGUACCUACUGUAUAUCCAGGCUUGUGGGAUACUCCAUCAGCUACUUCAUCAUUGAUGGAACGAACGCCUCCUGUUAUGGAGGACCCUGUACAGCAAUACUAUCGUCAAGGACGUCGAUUCAGUCAUGCUCCUACUCUGUAUCAAGACUGGCACAAUCCACAUGUGGACAGGACUGGAGCAUUAGACCAAGAAUACGAUUUACAACAUCUGUCACCAGGAGCUCUAGAUUCACGUCGUCGUCAUUCUUUGGCUGGACCGCCCAUGUAUCCACAGCAACAGCAAUCAUCUGCAGCAUCUCGAUACCUAAACGACGCACUCGAAUCAUUACAUUUAGAAGAUAGCAUUCGAGAAAUACUACCAAAACCAACUCCAAUAGUAACACAACCAUUACGAACAUCCAACGACUAUUCGAAUCCAACACCAUUACGAACAUCGAAUGAUUAUAAUAUGCCAUCCAAUUCACUACGAACGUCCAAUGACUAUAAUGGCAUCAAUGAUUUUAACGGCAUGCGACAAUCUGCAGACGAACUAGUAUCUGCAGGAUUGGGUAUGGGAAACCCUAGUAAUACUGGUGGUGUACAUACAGUCCCGAGUCUAGCGGAUGCACCAUUAUACGACGAAAUCAACGAUUAUUUCGAAAACACAGAGCACCGUACUCGAGCAUGGGUCGAAGCCGGCAAAAACCUACAAAUGGCAACGAGCCAUCUAGUCCACUGGCCAUUGUACAUUGUCGAAUUCAAGGCCGGCAGAAUGGACUACUUUUACGUUGGCGAGCAAACCGGUCUCAUCAUCCGAAAGGGAGAUCUGGUUAUUGUCGAAGCUGAUCGUGGUAAAGAUUUGGGAAAAGUCGUUGUAGAAGGAAUCUUGAAUCCACAGCAGUUAGCCAUGCAUCAGAGUGUGCUUGGUGAUGGGCUCUUGUCUGGAGUUAAUGCAUUGUCGGGCAGUGAUGGAUCAAAUGUACCUGCCAAUGGUGGACAGCUGGGUCCCAAGGAUAUACAUCCGAAAAGGAUUUAUCGGGUUGCGCAACAGGGAGAAGUCUCUCAGUUGGUGUCCAAGAAUGCUGAUGAGGCCCGGGCGCAGUCGUUGUGUCAGGCCAAGAUUCGUCAGCGCAAGCUGCCUAUGGAGAUUGUUGAUGCUGAAUACCAAUGGGAUCGUCGCAAACUCACAUUCUAUUUUGUGGCUGAUCGACGUAUUGAUUUCCGAGAACUUGUUCGUGAAUUGUUCAAGAUAUACAAGACUCGUAUUUGGAUGUGCGCCGUCAGUCCAAUGCAGGAUCAACAGCAACAGCAGCAACAACAACAGAUUGCUUGA